AUGGCCAAUGACAGCGGUGGGAGUGGCAGCGGCGGCGGCGGCGGGGGGGCCGGCCAAGGCGGGGGAUGCGACGGCGGCGGCAGCGGCAGCGCCGCCAGCCAAGAGCGGGACCGGCAGUACUGCGAGCUGUGCGGGAAGAUGGAGAACCUGCUCCGUUGCGGCCGCUGCCGCAGCUCUUUCUACUGCAGCAAGGAGCAUCAGCGGCAGGACUGGAAGAAGCACAAGCUCAUCUGCCGGGGAAGCGACGGCGGCGGCGGCGGCGGCUCCCUGGCGGCAGAAGGGGGCGCUGCUGAGCCUCGAAAGUCCGCCGGCGGCGGCGGCAGCGGCGGCGGCGACCAGCCCUUCCACCAGGGCGCUCGCCACGGCCGCCCGCCUGCUGCCGGAGGACGGGACGGCGAGGAGCGGUCCUCCAAGAAAGCAACCGCGCUCCCCGCCAAGCCGCCGCGGGACACCAAUUCGGAGGAGAGCGUGGUGGUAACGAACAACCACGUUGCCAAAGUGGCGCCAGGAGCCCGAGCGCAGGAAGAGGAGGAGGAGGAGGACAAGGAAGCGGUGGUUGCCGCGGCAGGUCCGGCCGUGGAGGCGGGCCACUUCUACCGGGAUAAAUCCAAUUUGACGGGCGAAGCGUCCCUGCGCCCCAACGGGCAGAUGAAGUCGCUGGUGCCUCAGCGCCUGGCGUUGGAGUACAUCGUGCCCUGCAUGAACAAGCAUGGCAUCUGCGUGGUGGAUGACUUUCUGGGCAAGGAGCUGGGCGGGCAGAUCGAGCAGGAGGUGCUUGCCUUGCACCACACUGGACGCUUCACCGACGGGCAGCUGGUCAGUCAGAAGAGCGAUUCCUCCAGGGACAUUCGUGGCGAUAAAAUCACCUGGGUGGAAGGCAAGGAGGCCGGUUGCAAAACCAUCGGGAAGCUUAUGAACAGUAUGGACGAUCUUAUACGCCACUGCAAUGGCAAACUGGGUAACUACAAAAUCAACGGCCGGACGAAAGCAAUGGUAGCUUGUUACCCAGGCAAUGGAACAGGAUAUGUGCGACAUGUGGAUAAUCCAAAUGGAGAUGGAAGAUGUGUUACGUGUAUAUAUUACCUUAAUAAAGACUGGGAUGCCAAGGUAAGUGGGGGUAUUCUUCGAAUAUUCCCAGAAGGCAAAGCCCAGUUUGCUGAUAUUGAGCCUAAAUUUGAUAGACUGCUAUUCUUCUGGUCUGAUCGCCGUAACCCUCAUGAAGUGCAGCCUGCAUUUGCUACAAGGUACGCAAUAACAGUGUGGUAUUUUGAUGCAGAUGAAAGAGCCCGUGCAAAAGUAAAAUACUUAACAGGUGAAAAAGGUGUGAGAGUUGAACUAAAUAAACCUUCGGAUUCAAAUGGGAAAGAACAUUUGUAAAGCCUUUGCUCUUACAGUUCCUUCCUCUACAUCCUGGCUCUUUUCACCUCACCUUCAUCAAACUUUGGUGAUAUCUAUUAACUUUUGAAUGUGAAUAAUAAGAAAAAGAAAAUCAACACCAAAUCAGGAUUUUGAAUCAGUAAACAAUGGGUUUCAAUAUUUCAUCAAAUGGCUUUUUAACUGCUGAAACAUUGUAACUCCACGAUUGUGACUCCAGUCCUGUGACUGCUAAUGUAAAGAUAAGCAUUGACAAGAAACAGUUUACACAUGAAGUGCCCGACAGUAGAGAUUUUCUAUCAUUCAUCUUCUGACAUUCAGUUCAGAGCUGUUCAUCUUCCUCUUUAAAAAAGUGAUAAAUGUGGAGUUUAAAUAAUUUUGUAUAACUAGGCUCAGUGAUCAAAAUUGAACAAAACAUUCUCCAAAGUAGCAUUUAUCUAUUUUUGUAAAUCUGCUAUUUUCCCCAUUAUUCUACCACAUAAAACUUAAUUUAAA